CGGAUGUGAUUUGGCGCGACGAGGAGUCGCUGUCACCUCGCUCCAGAAAGAGGAUCUAAUCCCUGCGCGUGUCCCUCGCGUCGGCGUUCGAUGGCGUUCGGCCGUCUCGACCACCCGAUCAUAUGUGCCGACGCCGCCGGCUCGGGUCCACAAACGCGGGCUAGGUAAGCCCACGGCGCGGGCGCCUGUACGUCUUCGGGUCGUGCGAGAAGACGCCGCGGGAACCUGUUCGGGUCGUCUAGAGACGUGACACUCGAGCAACAACCGUCGUCAUUUUGUGUUUCGCGCGGUGACAACAACGGACUCUGUGACGGCGACUGGGACAUGACUUCCUCGGAGACGAAGGAUAAAUCACCUGCCGGUUAGGCACGCUGUCAUCCGGAGGAUACCUCGCUCGACGAGCGAACGGCGGCGCGCCGCCCUGGGACGCGAUGCGGGCCGGCCUGCUCGCCGCCGUUGUGGUCGCCGCCGGUGUGCUGUGCUGUUGUUGUUCGGGCGGACGUGUGGCGGCAGUGCCUCGCUUCCAGGGCAGCGUGUCGUCAGCCUCUUCGCACGCAGGCGACGCUCAGGGCUCCGCGCAGCAAGCCAACGCCACCCGGCGCCUCCUGCCACCUGAGCAGUUCUGCCAGAGCCUGGGAUGCUCCUGUCACCUGGAACCGAGGCUGGCCUGUCAGCUGGAGAGCGACCGCAUCGCCGCCAUCCCGCGACUACUGACGCAAGAGCGCGCCGACAAGAUCACAGACAUAAGCAUCGAGAACCAGAUAAGCUUCGAAGAGCUCAACGAGACUCAGCUGCAGUGGUACCCUUCCCUGAAGACGCUGACUAUCCACAAGUGUGGCCUGAAGUAUGUAUCUCCUAAAGCCUUCCAGCACAACCAGGAAAUCCAGAAAAUCGAUCUGAGGUUCAACCAAAUAGAAGCCAUUGCCUGGACUGCCAUCGAGGGACUACAAACUAUAGAACUGCUGAUCAGCGACAACAAGCUGUCGUGCAACUGCAGCAGCAAGUGGAUUCAGCUGCAGAUCGCGCGCAACAGCAGCAUCUUCGGGCCGCUGGGCAACAAGAUCGAGUGCUGGCCACCAGAUGGAAGCCCGCAGCCAGUGCUCCUGGCCACCUAUCCCAUCACCGGAUGCGAUAUCCCCGAAGUGGAGGUUGUCAACUCGAGUGCCGUGGUCAACGAGCGCGAGCGCGUGACGCUGACGUGUCGCGGCUGGGGUCAGCCCUCGCCCAGGGUGCACUGGAACACGACGCGGGUCGAGGCGGCGCCCUUCGACGUCGCCAACACGGUCUCCGAGGAGAUCGGCCCCGACGGUCGCCUCCACCAAGUCAAGAUUGCCGAACUGAUCCUGCACGGCGUGGAUGGCACCGCCAACGGAGUACUGCGAUGCUACGCGGACAACGUCGUGGGACGCUCCAAGGCCGAAGUCAGCCUCACCAUCUUCACGCCGCCCCGCAUCUUGUCGAUGGACUUGAGCAAGAGCUACUACCAACACAUCAAGUACGAAGCGGUUGCUUAUCCGGCGUACAACUUCACAUGGUACUUCAACAACCAGCCACUAUUCCUAGACGACAAGAACGAAAAGAACGAGAAAAACAAGUACAGCGCAGUGAACGUCAAGACAGACGCUGCCAUCUACAAAGGUUACCUGGAGUUCCAGACAGACCUUCCCUCGAACGCGGGCAUCUACACUCUAGUCAUUGAGAACGAGUACGGCGUCGCCAACAGAAGCCUCGAGGUGUCCUUCACGCCAUUUCCCCAGAACGGACACAAGCUGCCAAGAAUGCCAGUGCCAUCGGGAAAGCCGCGCGUCCAAGAGAGGGAGACGAUGACGGACGCCGAGCAGCACCAGAUCCCGAUGAUCGUGGCGCUGAGCGUGCUACUGGUGCUGGUGGCGGUGGGCGGCGCGCUCGUGACGCUGCGGUGGUGCCAGUUCCGACAGGACUACGCGGCCGAGGGCACCCGCUUCUCCACCUGGCUAUGGGACUCGCUGCGACCGGGCGGUCGCCGAUGCUUCGACCGCAAGAGAGCCGUGGUCACGGGCCGAGAGCGCAUCCCGCUCAACAUGGCGCGCAUGGUCGAGAACCCCAACUACCCCGUCUACCACCAGGAGACGCUGAAGGGCGGAAAAAACGCAGUACGGCACAUAGCUCGCGAGAAGAUCAGCUUCAUCCAGUCGCUGGGCGAAGGUGCGUUCGGACGCGUGUUCCUGGGCACCGUGGACUACCUGAGCCCCGACGAGCCGACGACGCUGGUUGCCGUGAAGACGCUCAAGGAUGCGGCGGGUGAAGAGGCACGUGUGGACUUCGAACGCGAGGCCGAACUGCUCACCAACCUGCAGCACGCGAACAUCGUGCGCUUCUACGGAGUCUCCACCGACGGAGAUCCGCUCAUGAUCCUCUUCGAGUACAUGGAAUAUGGAGAUCUCAACAAUUUUCUCAGGGACCGUGGCCCGGAUCGUUCGGUGCUUGAUCCAGGUGCCAAACCCGUUGCACCUCUGACAAGGGCUGACCUACUGAAGAUAUCGGUUCAAGUGGCAGCAGGCAUGGAGUAUUUGGCGUCGCAGCACUUCGUGCACAGAGAUCUGGCGACACGAAACUGUCUCGUCGGCGACAUGCUGGUCGUCAAAAUAGGCGACUUCGGAAUGUCACGGGACGUCUACAGCACAGAUUACUACAGGGUUGGAAGACAUACCAUGCUGCCCAUCCGGUGGAUGCCUCCGGAGAGCAUCCUAUACCGCAAGUUCACCGUUGAGUCGGAUGUCUGGAGCUUCGGCGUCGUACUCUGGGAAAUAUUCGCGUUCGGCAAGCAGCCCUGGUACGAGCUGUCAAACCACGAGGUUAUCCAGCAGGUGACCAGUGGCAAGCUCUUGACCAAGCCCGAAGGAUGUCCCGAAGAGAUCUAUAAGAUAAUGCUGACUUGCUGGAAGAUGCAACCACAGGACAGAUGCCCCAUCAAAGAGCUUCAUUCACAGUUGGAGAACUUCUGUAAGGCCGAGUCGGAAUACAUGCCCAUCAUCGAGUGAUAUCACCGCACUGGCGCUGCCCUGAUGUCGGGACCGCACUUUGCCCUACGUGCUCUCAACCAUGCUCGGGACGCACAAGACGGCAGUCACCACCUGUGUGCUCUUUCCAACGAGCAAAUAGCUGAACAGCUCACGCUAUACGUUGUGCAGCCCGCCCCCAUCUACCUCCCACGUGUAGGGAGACUCAAGCAUUCGUUUCGCAGAGCAGGAAUUAGGCACAGCGACCGAAUGUGGACAGCGCAGUGACAUCUGUUUUGAAACACUCGUUGCCACACGGGCGCGACUCCAAAUCUGACUCAAUAUCUCGCACUUGUGUUUCAUCCAGUUUCAUCAACCGUUGCACAAAUCAAAGUGAUUCUGUAUCCUCGAACACCGGUCAUUCCGUUGGCUGCCUUAGUUUCACGAACCAAUAGAGUCAAUUUUCGACGAAUGUCAAUCGCCAAUAUAAAGUCGACGUACACUAUAACCGGUCAUUCGUAGUGCUGGAAACAACGAAUGAGACAACGCCCAGCCACAAAGUAGGGUUUACAAGAUCCUAGAAGAGGUGCACAAGGUGAACCGCUCUUCAAGAUGUAACCCUUGAUGGCAGACCUAGUGAGAAAAAGACACCGUCAACGAGUUACACGAAAUGCAUCUAUAGCCCCCUCUAACAAGCAAGGUACUGCGUGUUGUGACAUGCCAUCUACCGGCAGCGGACAAAUGAAGUAUAGUCGCUGAAGAUGGAAAGCAAGUGCUGCUUCGGCACCUUUGCGUGUGGUGUCACAAAAGUCAUGGACCAACAGAAUCGAAGCGUUUUAUUUUUAUUCGUUGUGAUUUCACUACAUCAGUUUAUUGUCGUAGCAUAGGUGUUACGGAACGUGUCAGUAUCAUUUUGUAGUGCAUAAGCAUGAGCGUGCUGUGGCGUCACUAAAUUCUGAGCAGGGCUGGCACGAUGAUCUGCGACAAGCGUGCGCUCGACCACUGUGCCUGUAACCGAGGUCAGCAAUCAAUCUAGAACAACAUCAGUGUAACUACCGUUGGACUGAAAGCUUAAACCUGAUCAAUUUAUAAUUAUUGCAGAAUCCACGGUAAAUCCCAUUGGUGCGUUGAAAAUGUGCCUCAUUGUCGUCAUGGUUUACCAGCUCCUGCAGCCUAGAACUGAACCGGAGUCUUACAUUACGCAGUCUCUGCCAGCUGUCUGGUUUCAUGGGGCAGUGUAAGCAACGGGCAAAAUGCACAGCAACCAGAAAUCAAAAUAGAGCUUGAUUAAUGCAGGUCUACGUGGUGUGGUAAGGGCUUAAAGCAUCGAGUUGAUUAACAAAAAAUUUGUUAAUAUAAAAGUGAAAAGCAUAUACUUCGCAAGCCGAUCUGCUUUCGUCCCGGGAAAGUCGCUGCUGACUGUGGAAAGGUGUUUAGCCGAAAUUAGUUGGGGUCGCCAGAAACCGAACGUUUGUGACCUCAACAUUAUUCGAGAGGCGUGGAGCAAUUGUCCUUGAAGUCACGUUGAUGGAACGCAAACAUAGGCAAAAACUGUGGAGGCGUGGAAUCUUUCAUUACUAAAGAUGCGAAAAAGUGUUCUUCCAUCUCCUAUCUUAAAGCAUCGUCACGCAGGCCAGUCAGGUCUCGCAAGUUAAACAUUCAUCUCUCGGCGCCACGACAACAAAAGAGCGAAUUUACCUCUCAGCACAGUCUCUUAUACGCGACUACGAAACCAAAUUUCUAAUGCCACCUGCCCGCAGUAUUUUUCCAAUGCAUCCGCAAAUGUGGAACCGUAGGCAUGCAAGAGCUCAGUGAGCUUGCUGCAAAGUACGCCAUACCGUAGGCACAGUUCACAAGAAUGCAUGCCUACAACAGCAUCAUCGGCCGUGUAGGCCAUCGAACGCACUGAAGCCGUCAUCGAUUUGUAAACAUGGAGCCUGCUUCAAGCCAGCCGACUCCGGAUGUACGAUAGUGCUUCACCUAUGAACUUUCGUCAGUGCUUGAGCGCGUCACAGUGAAGCUGCGUAAUGUACUGUCCUCGAAUAACUCAGCUUCGUCUGCAUGAACUUCUACUAUACCAGCAUCGAGAGACCACCCGUUUCCACCGUCAUUCCUCGUUCCGUGAUUCUGUGGCGCUUCUGAACGAUGUCGGAGAGACAGACACCGUGUAGUGAGUGGAAGUGUGUUCGUGUAUGCGCUCACGUAGCUGCGUCGACCAGAAAUGUGCCGCACGUUGGGACGCCGUCGUCAAAAUGUGCUUUUUAUUUUUCUGAUGCGCCAUCCGGCGCACCGAGAACUUCAGUGUGCUUACGUGCAUGGGACAAAAGCGAAACGAGAGUGAUGCUUACGUUGUUUACGCUUCUGGUGUAUACACACAUAAAUGUACAAAACGUGCAUUUGGUGAUACGUCUGUAUUACAAUGCGUACAACACUCACGGAGUGAAACGCGGC